AUGGGAAAGAAGCAAGUGUGCCCACCUCGUGCCCUCCCUCCAGUGCCAAGCACUGGAAACCAAGAUGAAAUUCCACUCGGUCGUCCCAAAAAAAGGAAACCUAAAGGAAAGACUCCAUUAGAUGGCAUUGUGCAGGCAGCAGUGCGUCGGCAGUCUGAAAGCAGCGAGCCCCUGACUCCUGAGCCCCAGGACGGCCCUCCUCAGAGGAAACGCAAGAAGAAGAAAGUCCCCACUGAUUCUGAGACCUCUUUUACCCAGAAAAAUGUUGCAUCCCUAUUUCAGAAUGGAAACGGUGUGGAAGUCCCUGAAGCUGAAGAAACAUCAACCCGCAAACAGAAAAAAAGGACCAAGAAGCCUCGGCCAGCUGAAACACACUGUUCCAGUGACCUGGAGGUGGACGAGGAAGACGUCGUUGAGGAUGAGCACAGGAAGAGCCCUGAUCAGCAGCCUGUGUUUGCUGCUCCCACUGGAAUUAGCCAGCCUGUUAGCAAGGUGUUUAUUGAAAAAAAACGGCGUUUUCAGGCAGUUGACCGUGCAGAAUUGAUUAAAACCACUGAAAAUAUCAAUGUACUUAUGGAUGUCAAGGGUUCAUGGACCACCAGAGAUGUUGCCCUCUCAGUGCACCGAAGUUUCAGGGUGGUGGGACUCUUUACCCAUGGCUUCCUUGCUGGGUAUGCUGUGUGGAACAUUGUUAUCAUCUACAUUUUGGCAGGAGAUCAGCUGUCCACGGUUUCUAACCUGCUCGAGCAAUAUAAAACACUAGCAUACCCAGCUCAAAGUUUGUUCUAUUUGUUGCUGUCUGUCAGUACAAUCUCAGCCUUUGACAGGAUUGAUCUGGCAAAAGUGUCAGGGGCACUGAGGGGCUUUCUGACCCUAGACCAGGCAGCAGUAGCCUCUUUCUUGUACUUUGCUGCUCUUAUCUUAUCCUUAAGCCAGCAGAUGACAUUUGACAGAAUUAACCUCUACGUGCCACCUUCGGAGAACGGCAGCCUCUGGGUGGCUGGUACAGAGGAAGAAAUUGUUUGGCCAUGGAUUGUGGUGAAUCUGGUACUGGCUAUUCUGGUUGUGAUAAGCUGGAUCCUCUUAUCUUGUCGACCAGAGCUAGACCACAGUGAAGAACUGAUGUUUCAUGCUGAAAUGGAGGAAUUUCCCCAAGGAGAGGAAAUACCCAGAGCCCAGCCAUAG